AUGGUGUCAAAUGUAUACGUUGAUCCCUGUCAAAUGUCGUCCGUCCACGCAAACCACAAAGCGAUCGGCGGUUGCACACAUGGCAACAUCGUACUGGACCAACAGAGAUAAGAGAAGAUUUAGUCUGGAUUUCAUUUCAAAUCCCAGUGAGAAAGUGUUCCUUUCAACUGUAAGCUUUGACAGGUCUGUUGUGUCUGUUUGGUUUCAUUAAUGGAGCGACAACCUCAGGCUUGGCCCCUUCAACUUCCAAGAGCUUUGGAUACAAUAACACCCAUUUUGCAAUAAAUUUGGGAUUUCAGUUAGUUGUUAAAGUUGUUCCAUUCUUCAUUCAGGUUUAGAUGGCUUUGGUUCCAAUAUGCUACAGGAUACCAUACAAAGGGCAUAUUCAACCCAUACGUAAUGUAAUAGGCGGACCAAGUUCAUCUAAAGGACUAGAAAGCCGUCUAAGAUGCAGUUUAGCACAUAAUUCACAAGAACACAAUCGUGGGAUGGUUCCGUAUGCAUCAGAUGCUAGAACGAAUGAGAAGCAGCUGAGUUCUUUAGAUUCCUACUUUGAAAAACUCCAAAAUAGCACAACUUUGCCUUCAGAAAAUUCAAGCAAGACAACUGAGCCACUCGGUAGAAAAAAUGGUCAUUUGGGAUUGGAGGAGGAGUUGGAGUAUCUUGAUGCUUAUCUUGAAAAACUUAAUAAAGAUGCAAACCAGAUUGAAAAACCAGUUGAUCUUGCAACUGGAGACAAUAUAGUUCCAAAAUCAUCAUCUAUCAUUCAAAAAUCCAAAAAAGGUGCUGAAAGGAAACUGGUCAAGAGCUUUACAAAUACAACUGAUGAUAAUGGUCAAGAUAGCGAAAUCUCUGAUCUCUACCUAGUAAGCAUAUUGGGUUCUAUAAACAUUGCAGUUUUUCUGUUUGAGAUAGCAAGUCCAGUUAGGAAUUCUGACUUGGAGCUUUUUUCUCUUCCAUUGUUAUAUGGAGCAAAGAUGAAUGAUUUGAUCCUGGUCGGAGAGUGGUGGAGGCUAGUCACACCGAUGUUUCUGCAUGCUGGACUUAUUCAUAUAGCUAUUGGUUCUUGGGGACUUGUUACAUUUGGACCUAAGGUGUGCAGAGGCUAUGGUUCAUUCACAUUUUUCUUGAUAUAUAUACUUGGAGGAAUCUCUGGCAAUUUGAUUAGCUUUCUCCACACACCAGAACCAACUGUUGGUGGAACAGGACCAAUAUUUGCCAUGAUCGGAGCUUGGCUCAUUUAUGAGACCCAAAACAAAGAUAUAACUGCAAAGGAAGUCUCAGAGACUAUGUUCCAAAAGGCAAUAAUAACUACAGCUCUUACCUUCACAGUGAGCAGUUUUGGUCCAAUUGAUGACUGGACACAUUUUGGAGCUGCAUUGACAGGAAUAGCAUAUGGGUUUUUGACAUGCCCAAGUCUUCAACUGGACGAAGCAUCAUCAUCUUCAACAAGUGGACAAGAGGAAGGAAUCACACUUGUUAGACGUUAUGCUGAUCCCUGCAAAUCACUUUUUCUCUUCACAGUGUUUGUUCUUGUUCUGAGUUCUCUACUUCUCUUUUUUGAACCUCCACUCAACGCCUUAGCAUCAGACUCUUCUGUGUAGACGUGAAGGACUUGUAUAUGAAUCUAGGUAGAAUGAUACAAAUAUAUUAGUCUAUAUACAGUUUAUACCAUCGUUGUUUGUC